UUCAAUUUCUCUCUCAUUCCGAUCCAGAGGCUGAAAAUAGGUAACUGCGCAAUGAAUUCAUCCUAUAUUUCCGAUUCGUUAUUCGCUUAUGAUUCGUGCGUGUGUUUAUAAUUACUACUCGCUGCUGCAAUUUUGACUAAUACCUUGAUAUCGUGGAUGAUCGCGCGUAAAUUGCCUUUUCGUUUCCACGUUAUCAACGAACGGGUUGCUAUGUGUGGGAUUGCUAGGUUUAUGUCUUUAAUUUUUGCAGUCUCUGUACCGAUGCAUUUGGAGCUCAAACUGGUUUGUUUAUGAUUCCGUUCAAGUAAGAGAACAUAUUUGUGAUCUUGUUUCUGGAAAUACUACAAACACUUGGGGUUGAAGUCAUUCUUUAUGCAUAUGAAAUUUAUUUCCAUUAGUUGUCAGUCAUAGCAUUAGAAAUAUAGUUUGCUCCACCGUUUUUGAAACAUUUACUGAAACUUAUAGGGAAGUGCAAGUGCAAGCACAAUGAAAGGUGACAGAGAAGAAGUGAGAGAGGAGUCCAGAGCUGCUGGUAGGCAGCUCGACGGUUUUGAUAGCACUGGUUUCCAUGGAAGCAUGUUUCCCAGCAUAUUUGGAGGGAAGGAUCCUUUUGAUGAUCCUUUCUUUUCUCGUCCCCAUGGGGCCUUUUUUGGCUCGGGCAAGAUAAGCUCCGGUAAUCCUGGUAACGUGCAGCCUAUGAGCAGAUCAAAAGGACUAGUGAUAGAAGAGCUGGACAGUGAUGCUGAAGAUGAGGAGAAUGAUGUUCGUAGUCCCUCUUGGGCAAAUAACAAUCCACUUGUUGAGCAUCCGGAUGAUCAGGAUGAUGAUUAUGGAAAGAGUCCCAGAAAACUAAGGGACGUGUCAUCCAGUGCAAAUCAGAUCAAAGUGGAACCAGAGAAACCAUGGUCUCACAGUGUAAGCUUCCAGAAGGUGACAUAUGGUGGGAUCAACGGAUCAUAUUAUACAGCAACAACUUCUCGUAGGACGGGAAGCGAUGGAGUGACAUGGGAAGAGAGCAAGCAGGCUGAUCGAACGACAGGUCAAGCAGCCCACAAGGUCUCCAGAGGAAUUCAUGAUAAGGGGCAUUCAGUCUAAGGACGCUUGGUUUGGAUGGUAAAGUGGAAAGUGUGCAGACUCUACAAAACCUAAAUGAAGAUGAGCUUGACAGCUUUGAAAAAGCAUGGGGAGGCGUUGCGGACAAUCACUUCCGUGGUAGGACUGAUUCAUUUGAUUUUCCUAAUAUCUCAGGGAUGCAUAGCAAUAGGCUUGGUCCAUUGGCAGCCUGGAGAAGCUCAUCCGAUCCAUUGCAAGAGCUGUCGCACACAAACAGAAGCAGGAGCUUCAAUCAGGAGCAAUCCACGAGAGGAAGACCGAAAAAGGUGGUUACCAUAAACAUUGAAUAAACAAACCAGUAACAGCUGCAGCCAUAUAGAUGGGCAUCAGUUUUUAAGUGGUCGGUAUGGAUAUCUUGAGUGUUUUCUUGGCAUCUAUUGAAGGACCUCUUGAUUUCAUGAUGGUUGGAUUGAUGUUUGAUAUACUAGUAACCAUCCUUCUGAAGUAGAUGCACUAAAUUAGAUUAGGAUAAGCUCAAUUUUCAGAUCUCUUGAAAUCAGCCUUUUAUUAUGAAGGUUCCAAAAAAGGCCAACAUUUUAUUGCAUGAGCAAAUGUUUCAAGAAAGACUGUCGCCAAGAGCACAAUAUUCAUAACCUAUUUCAAAAUAGUUUCUUAA